GGUGGAAGAGUGAGUGAGGGAUGGAUGGGCUUCCCUGGGCUCUCUGUGUUCCCGGUGUCAACAUUCGGAAGUUCUCUGGGUCUCUGGGAGAUGGUAUCUAGCAGGUUCUUAGAGAGGGGCUCUUGCAGGAGGUCAGAGGGUGGGGAGAUCAUUGAUAGGCUUGUUGGAGAUGGGGUGGAGUCCGGCUUGGGUGGAGCUGUGAGGGUCGAGACACCAGGGGACGGAAGCACGUGGACUUUGUUUUAGCCACGUUUCUGUUGCCGUGUUAAACACCACAGCCAAGGCAACGUAGGGAAGAAGGAGUUCAUUUCAGCUUAGGGUUCCAGAGGAGAAGUCCAGGAUGGUGGAGGAGGCAUGGUAGCGAUAGUAGGGUCUGGAAGAUUACAUCUUCUUAUGCUGCCUGGGGGACCAGCCUCCAGCAGCUCAGGGCUCAGAGGGAAUCCACGGAGUCAGCUUACUAUGACCUUUUUAAUCUGAUGGGGUAAGGGAAAAGAUGCUCACACUCUCUUGAUGGUUUCCUUCUUUAUUCUUCUAUAUUCCGAUUCUUUAUUUUUCCUCUGCAGCUGGUUUACCCCCACAGACUCUUUCAGGCAGUACAGAAAUUACAAUGUGGUUACAUUCUCAUUCUGUUUUUCUAGGGAAUGACUGCAGUGAAUAUAAGUAAGAAACAUGUUUUUCAUUUCCCUUACAUGAUUAAACAUAUUAUGUAUUACAGAUGAAAAGCAAGUUAUCCCCAAGAACCCACGUCCAUUUAUAUCCAAGCAACUUGUUAUAGAUCAACAGAGUGUAAGCAAGCAAGCUACCCCAGCUCCGAGCCUUGGCGAAAAGUGGAGCAGUGCAAAGGCACCACAGCUCUGGUGUGCCCCAUGAUGUGCCUGAAGAACCAGGAUCUGUACAGAAAGUUCAGGGGACAAGUGCGGGCUGUGUCUGCGCAUGGCAGGUCCCCAUGGGUGGUGUCCCCAUACCUGGAGUACUUUUUUCAAGUGGGGCUGGCCCCGCCCACCCUUGUGCUCACCCGGAUGGAGAAGAUCCUAUGGGUCAAUGCCACCUACCAGCUGCCGCCUUGUGUGCCUUCUCUGGACCUGAAGUAUGACGUGGAAUUCUGGAAGGAGGGCGAGGAACACAAGACCCCAUAUCCUGCCAAUUCAUAUGACCAACCUGUUAAGAUCCCUCUCCCGAAAGGUGCUAACGGACGUCACUGCCUCAGCGCCAGGACUUACUAUCCUCACACUGAGAUCAAGUACAGCCCCUUCUCUGAACCCAGCUGCAUCUUUCUAGAGGACCCAGGGGCCACCUGGGCUCUCCUGACACUGCUCUUAGGCUUCCCUCUACUGGUAGCAGCUGCUGCAGCGGGUGUGAUCUGGAAGAAACUGGAAGGGGACCCCUGGUUUCAGUGGGUGAAGAGGCCUCAAGCACUGGACUUUACUGAAUACAGAUAUCCCACGGCAGCCUUUCUUCCCAGUGAACCUGAGUUCCUGGAUGACCUGGUCCUCUGUCCCCAGAAAGAACUGACCAUAAAGACCAGACCAGUCCCUCCAGUCAGAGACCCAGGCACACUACAGGAAGGACCAGAAGAGGACAGCACCGAGGAUGAAGAUGAGGACACAGAUGACAGUGACAGCCUCCAACCCUACCUGGAACGGCCCCUCUUCGUGAGGGAGAAGCUCCAGACAAUGGGGCACUCAGAGGCAGAUGAGUCUGGGGUAGACUCAGGAAGGAGCGAAGACACGUCAACCUGGGACUCUUCAGACAGGAGCUGGUCCAGCACGGUGAACUCCUCACUUAAGGACGAUGCUGGAUCUUCCAGCUGUUUGGACAAGAAGGAGCCAGACCAAGAGCCUGGUGGGGAUGGGCACCAGGAGGCACUUCCAUGCCUGGCAUUUUCUGAGGACUUGGGCACUACUGAAGAGCUUCUAAACGAUGAACUCUUAAGGAGGAACAUUUGGGAUUCCUUAUCCCCAAAGAGAGAUCUGGUUCUUGGGGAGCCCCCAGUUUCUCUUCAGACACUGACUUUCUCCUUGGGCAGUUACGCUGAGGAAGAGGAGGGGGAGGAAGAAGAGGAGGAGGAAGAGGAGGAGGAAGAGGAGGAUGGCUGGGAAUCAGAACCCAAGGGCAGUGUCGCCAGCUGCUGGAACACUUCAAGCCUGCAGAGGACAGAGGUCAGGGAUGAGAUGCUGGGAGAUUAUAUGGCCAGGUGAGCUGGCCCUGGUGGCCCAUCCAGCCUGGUAUUGCUACCUCUACUGAACUUCCCAGAGACACCUCCAGGUCUCAAGUCAUGUCCCUUCCUAAGAUAUUCAAGGUCCUGGCCACUUAUUUGUGGAUCACCCACAAGCUCUGUCAUUUGGAUUGAGCUGUAAGAUGUCACCGUUUCCUGUGACCCACUGGCUUUAGAUGGCCCAUGAGAGGGAUGCAGCUGUGGGCAGAGACUCGUUGAUGUCCAGUCUCCCCAUUGUCCCAGGGAAGGCGGACCUUGUGGAACAUCUUCCCUGGAUGAAGUGAAACAGGUAAAGCCAGGUGGCUGUGGACCCCAAGGAUAGACAUGCCCUAGAUCAUAAGUCAUGUAUAGCAUUGCACACAACAGACCACGGUUCAAAUCCCAGCCCUGCCAUUUACCAGUAGUAACCUGAGCAAGCCACACUCAAUCUCUGUGCCUCGGUUUCCUCUUCUGCAGCUGUCAUGUGGGUAUGGUGAGGAUUCGGGAGUUUUCAGGUAUGUGUAGCUGGGGCCACCUGUGUCACUUGUACCGUCUGUGCGCUAGAAGCCUCCCUCUGUUCAGACUCCUGGGAGACCAUAGGCAUCUCUCACCAGAGCCCCUAAGCCAAGAGUGACAAGAAUAGUUACCUUCCAACAUAUCUACCCUCUAGGUCACCCCAUCCUUCCUUGUCACCUUCAUACCUUCUAGUCAUGGGCUCCCUGAAACCAGAGCCCAGCCAGCUUUACUUCCUUCUUGGAUAUAGGCCACCUUCCAGGGGCCAGAUUUGUUGGGGCAGUGCAGAAACUGCAUUCCUGACCUGAUGUCACUUUUGGGUGGCCUCGUGACAGUUUUUUUUUUUUAACUGUUUGUGGUCAUAAUGAGAUCUUAGUGUCUGAGAAACCAGUGUCUUUUGGGAACAGGUGACUGUCCUUUUUGGAGUGCCCUUUAACUAGUACUUUACUGCAUGAUGCCAAAAAGACCCCACAACCACGUUACCCGUGAUGCUGUGUGGCUUUGAGGCUGGCAUAAAGCCAUAGCUUUACAGAACACAUGUGGGUCAACCCUUAAGGGCAUCUGGGCCAGGGUUUCUCCAACUCAUUCCCAACGCCUCUGGGAGCCCAGGCUCUUUCCCUCCAAUGCCAGUAGCCUCACUGAGCCAAUAUAAACACAGUGGCCUUGCAUAGAAGGUGUGCUGGGGGGCGGGGGGUUCACAACCAACAAAAGGUUCUCUGUGCUCUGUCUUUGUAUCUGUCUGGUUUCAAACAGAGGGCCUGAGGUACAACGUGGCAAUCCUCUUUUUGAAGUUACCUGGCAAAGCUGUCCUAAUGAUGUAAUACGUGUGGUCCCAAGAGUUUCUGAUCUCAUUGCACUGACAGGAGGCCUUUGCCACCACCUCUGGGAUAGACACACACACACACACACACACCACCUACCUCUCUGGGGUUUCCUUGCAAUGAAGCUUGGCCACAUUCCUGAGGCCAGAAGAACAACAAAUGAGCAUGCUCAAGGAGGGCACAGCGCAGGAGCAGCCUCGGGAAAUGUUCCCGGAAAGGCCACUGUCCUUUCUGAGACCCAGCUGAGCUGCUCCGUGGAGGCGCUGGCGGAAAUCCUUCAAAGUGACCGUUGGUCCAGUGCUGUCCGCAUCUUAUGUGCUGGCUCUCUGACCUUCCACCUCAUUGUUUAAAAUAACAAUUUCCCUAAGCUUACUCUCUGGACCAGCCUGAGCCUUUCAGUCAUCCUAAAUUCCAGUUCCUUUCAGCCAUUCUUAGGUCAUUGACAAAAAGCCCGUGGGAAGCCCACGGAAAGGGCAUGAGGAUUCACGUAGAUGUUCAGAACGUGUGCUCAGCAUUUAACUUGUAUAAUAGCCUUGUCUGUACAGGCAUCUGGGGACGGCAAGGUCGUCGAGGUCAAAGUGAUUGCCUUGGGUCACAACGGUGUGUGGCUUCAGCACACAUAUCUGUAUUUCUGUCGAAUUUUGCACUGUGUUUUAUAUCCUAUUUAAAGAAGCUUUAAUAUCUGUUGUAUAAUACUAAGACCCUUGAAUAAAGAGAUCUAUUUUUA